AUGCGCGAGGAUCCUCAUUCAGAAACAGAUCCAAAUGAAAAAUUGUAUGGGGUAAGUGCCCUUGAGAGCAGAAAAUUAGUAAAUUAUUCAGCAACUUCAUUCAUAUCCAACAUUUCUUGUUAUACGUUACAUGGAGAUAACCAGUAUAGGAAUAGUGUUCAAGCUUUGGAGUUCAAACAUCUCAACGUCCAUGGGGGAGGCAUUUUAGAAGGGGCAAGGUAUUCACAAGCGAGCUGCUCCAUCUCAAGCUAA